AUGUCCAAAUUCGAUUACAAAGAGGCAGCCGCAAUGGUGCCAAUCUACGACGGCUCACCUGAUGGACUCGAUAUGUUCAUCAGUGCAGCCACACUACUAAAUGAGAUCUCCCCCAGCGCAAACAAAGCGUUGGUAUAUCAAUUCCUACUGACCAGACUCGACAAAAAGGCCCGAAGAGCAAUUAAUAAUAGCGUGGAUAUACCUUCACUGCUAACAAAUUUAAAAACUACAUGUAUAUCAAAGACUAGCGCCGACAGCAUAUUAGCGAAGUUGAAGUCUAUAAAAAAACAGUCAGCAGACGAAUUAUGUAAGGAAGUUGAAGAGCUGACCGAACAACUCAUCGACUUACACAUCAAGGAAGAGACACCACCGCAACGAGCAGCAAAACUCGCUUGCCAAGCAGGAAUCGAUGCCCUCAUCGAAGGCAUUGAUAACCCAGAAUUAAAAACUAUAUUACGUGCGGGAGCCUUCACCAGCAUAGCUGACGCAGUGGAGAAGGUCAAUAAAUAUAAAUCGCUGACAACCAAACCAGCAAAUGUGCUUAUUUACAAUCGCGGGCAGCGACAACCGCCCUACCCGCAUCCUAACCGUUUCAACCAGAACAAUCGUGUGCCCCAAAGUGAUAGAAAUUGUAUACUACAUCGGGUUGAACCUCCACAGCUGUCAACUUUUGACUGGGAUGAUCCUAUAUCUGACGAUAUCGCCCGGAAAUGGGAGGAGUUCGCGGCCCAAUUGACCCUUCUGAAAGGCUACAAGGUUCCUCGGUUCGUCUUUCUGGCCGAUUCGAUCUCCACACAAUUUCACAUCUUCACCGAUGCGUCCGAAGUAUGGUAUGGUGCCUGCCUUUACACACGUUCAACCGGCAAGGAAGGUCAAAUUAAAACCGAGCUCGUCGCGGCAAAAUCACGGGUUGCCCCUCUCAAACGGCUUAGUCUGCCGCGGCUCGAGCUCUGUGCUGCACUUUUGGGGGCGAAACUAUACGCCAAGGUUUCAGCAGCGCUGCGGAUGGAGGGUAUUCCUUGCUGGUUCUGGUCGGACUCAACGGUCACACUCCACUGGAUACAGGCACCACCCAAUACUUGGCAAACGUUUGUUGGGAACCGAACGUCUGAAAUUCAACAGCUAACUCACGGCCAUAGCUGGAAUCACGUGAAGGGAACAGAAAACCCGGCGGACCACGUUUCUCGCGGAAUGCUUCCCCAGGAAUUCGUAUCAAACACCAUCUGGCGACACGGUCCUUCCUGGCUAGCGAAAUCGGAUGAAUAUUGGCCUAAACACAUAACUGGUACUCCACCGGAAGAUCUACUAGAACGGCGAAAAACGGUACUUGUGAUACAUCAACCACAGGAGCAUUCUUUCCUAUUUUACCGGUACUCAUCCUUCUGGCGUUUGGUUCGGAUCAUCGCAUUAGUUCUUCGUUUUCUGAAACGUUGUCGUCGCAAACCUAACCCCUAUCCUCACCAACUCGCAUCAGUCGGGGAGCUAGAGCACGCCAAAGAAACGCUUACGAAGAUUGCACAGCAGGAGAUGUUCACUGAAGAGUUUAAGGAGCUCGUUAAAACUCGAUCCGUUUCCAACAAAUCAUCGUUGAGGUUAGUUGGUCCAUUCCUCGACGAAAAAGGUAUCAUCCGACUCGGUGGCAGACUUGAACACUCUUCAGAGAACUAUCAGACCAAGCACCCUAUGAUCCUACCUAAAAUACACCCACUCACACGCCUUAUCACCAAACACUAUCACGAACUUUGCAUGCACUCUGGUCCUCGCAUGACUUUAGCCACGAUGAGGCAAGAAUUCUGGCCGGUGAACGGUAAAGCCAUCGUCAAUCUUGUGUGUCGCAAGUGUCCGCAAUGCUUCCGCCAAAACCCUGUCCCUGUCACGCAACCCGUUGGUCAACUACCGCAGCCUCGUACAGCACCUUGCAGAGCCUUCACUGUGGUCGGAGUGGACUACUGUGGACCCGUGUACACGAAACCAGCACACCGACGAGCAGCACCACGAAAGGCAUACAUCGCCGUGUUUGUCUGCUUUGCAUCCAAGGCUGUACAUCUCGAACUGGUCUGUGAUCUGUCCACGGAAGCCUUCAUCGCAGCUCUACGUCGCUUCAUCGCUCAUCACGGAAUGCCAACUGAGAUUCACUCGGACAACGGUACGAAUUUCCAAGGGGCAAACAACACACUCGCCGAACUGUACCGUCUCUUCGAAAAUAAACGCACCCGGGAAGCAAUUGUCAGCGAAUGCAGCAAACAUCGGAUCCAGUGGCACUUUAUACCGCCGAGAGCACCGUCCUUUGGUGGCCUAUGGGAGGCUGCUGUAAAAUCUGCGAAGACAUCUCUGGUGAAAACACUCGGCAACACCCAGCUUUCCUUUGAAGAAUAUGUGACUGUGCUGGCCCAGAUUGAAGCGAAUAUGAACAGCCGACCUCUGACGUCCCUAUCAAGCGAUCCAACAGAGCUGGAUGUCCUCACUCCCGGGCACUUUCUCAUCGGGUCGCCGCUUAUCAGCCUGCCGGAUCCGGACUACACCCACGUACCAACCAACCGACUCAAUCACUAUCAGCAGCUGCAGGAACUCAUCCAACAACACUGGGACCGAUGGAGGAGGGAAUAUCUGACCGAAUUGAACCACCAGCGGGAGAAAUCCUCACUUCCGAUGGAUAUCCGAGUCGGACAAACGGUCCUAGUCCAGGAAGACGGAAAAUCGUCCGUUUCUUGGCCACUUGCACGCAUCGAACAAAUUCAUCCCGGAGCAGACGGAGUGGUACGAGUCGCGACAUUGAGAACUGCCAGUGGAACCUACAAGCGUCCUAUUUCGCGAGUUUUUCCACUUCCUUAUGACAACGAACCGAACGACACUCUAGGAACACAAAUAGCUAAAAAGGGAGAAGAUUAG